AUCCCCACACAGAAAUCGAUCUUUCCAUCCAUCAAAUUCAAUGGCGCCGUCGACCAUGCUGCAGCAACCGGCGCCCGCCCGCGUCGAGGCGCUCAGCCUCAGCGGCCUCUCCGCCAUCCCGCCCGAGUACGUCCGCCCUGCCGACGAGCGUGCCGACCUCGGCGACGCCUUCGACCUGGCGCGCACCCAUGCUGACGACCAUCCGCGGAUCCCCGUCGUCGACAUCUCCCCCUUCAUCACCAAUAAGCAGCAGCAGCAGGAGUGCGUGGAGGCGGUGCGCGCCGCGGCUGCGGAGUGGGGCGUCAUGCACAUCACCGGCCACGGCAUCCCCGCCGAGCUGAUCGACGGCCUGCGCGCCGCCGGCACCGCCUUCUUCGCCCUCCCCAUCCAAGCCAAGGAGGCCUACGCCAACGACCCCGCCGCCGGCCGCCUGCAGGGAUACGGCAGCCGCCUCGCCACCAACGCCAGCGGCCAGCGCGAGUGGGAGGACUACCUCUUCCACCUGCUCCACCCCGACAGCCUCGCCAACCACGCCCUCUGGCCCGCGCACCCGCCAGAAUACGUCGCCGCCACCCGCGAGUUCGGUCACCGCGUCCGGGAGGUGGCAUCAAGGCUGCUCGCCAUCCUCUCGCUGGGGCUCGGCCUGCAGAAUGAGGACAGGCUAGAAAAGGAGCUCACCCAGACCCAGACCCAGACCCAGACCCAGGCAGGAGAAGAGUCAGGAGGAGCCAAAGCAGAGGACCUCCUCCUGCAGUUGAAGAUCAACUACUACCCGAGGUGCCCGCAGCCGGAGCUGGCCGUGGGCGUGGAAGCCCACACGGACGUGAGCGCGCUGUCCUUCAUCCUCCACAACGGCGUGCCGGGCCUGCAGGUUUGGCACGGCGGGCGGUGGGUGACGGCGCGCUCGGAGCCGGGCACCAUGAUCGUGCACGUGGGAGACGCACUGGAGAUCCUCAGCAACGGGCGCUACACCAGCGUGCUGCACCGCGGCCUCGUCAACCGCGAGGCGGUGCGCGUCUCCUGGGUCGUCUUCUGCGAGCCACCACCCGAAGCGGUGCUGCUGCGGCCGCUGCCGGAGCUGGUCACCGACGCCCAGUCCGCAAGGUUCACGCCUCGCACAUUCAAGCAGCAUCUCGACCGCAAGCUCUUCAGGAAGCAGCAGAAGCUAGAUGGGCUGGAGGAGCACGACCACGCGAUCGAUUGAUCAGCGACAACCAACUGAAUCUGCGCGUAUGAAUCGAAUUAAACACGAUCGUCCCUAAUUAGAUGUAUCCAUCUAAAUAAAAAUGUACUA